AUGCUAAUCCAUCUACUGUCCUCCACUCAAACCAUUGACACCAGGUCGCUUGCCUCCAACCAGCUGUAUGGUCGCAUCCCUGACAGCUUCGCCCGGCUCACACAGCUCACGUACCUCGAUCUCUCCCGCAACUAUCUCACAGGCCCCAUCGACCUGCCAGCCAUCAGCACCCUGCGUCUCUCCAGCAACUUCCUCUCAGGCCCUCUGCCCGAGGGGGCUUGCCAGGCCCGCAAUUUCGAUGCCAACUGCUUCACACUGCCUCCUGGCUGUGCCAAGGUGGUGCAGCGGCAGGAAGCAGCAUGCAAUGCAUUCUGCGGCAUCACCUCUGCUGCACCUUCGUCCUCCGCUGGUGGAAGUGUUGCCGCUGGUGCAUCUGCUGAUGCUGCCACUGCUUCUGCUUGUGGUGGUAAAGGGAUUUGCGCUAUUCUUCCGCCAACAACCGUGCUCACCAAGGGGACGCAGAAGGAGACAGGCGGGAACUUCACUGCAACUCCAGUGACUCUGUUUGUGUACGAGGCAGGGAAGGCGGUGUCUGGGUGUGGAGUGCAGCUCGCCUUCCAGGCCAACUUUACCUUCUCCCUCUCGCCUCGAUCUGGCCGUGUGGGCAACAGCGGCUUUGCCUUUGUUGUUUCGGCAACGGACCGGGUGGGGAAUGGAACUGGUGUGGGGUAUGCUGGAAUGGACAACCGGAGCAUGGCGGUUGAAUUUGACACUUUCCAGGACAAGCAGUACGGGGAUAUGAGCAACCAACAUGUGGGGUUGAAUAUUCGAGGUCAGGAGACUUCGCUCGCCGCUGUGAAGUCACCAUUUGUGCUGAACAGCAAGAAGGCAUACACGGCAUGGGUGGACUAUGAGCCUGGGGAUCCCGGCACCAUUCAGGUUUUCCUGGCUGCCUCACAGGUGAAGCCAGAGGAGCCGCUGCUGGAGAGGAGGUUGGCGCUGUGUGAGGUGCUGCAGGCUGGAGCAGAGCAGAAUGCGUUUUUCUUUGGCUUUGUGGCGUCCACUGUGAAGCCUUUUCAGAUGCAUCUAAUUCUUAGCUCGGCAAUGACCACAGGCCUUCCUGCCCCACAUCAGCCAGUGGAUAUUCCGCUGGCCCUUAUUCCAGGUGCGAGCUGGGCCUAUGCGGUUGUGGCAAGUGUAGAGGCGGCAUAUGGCAUUGCGCUGAACCAGGAGGCUCCACGGCUGUCAGUGGACUCGCUCUUUGCAGCCAUGGGGCUCACCUCCCCUGCUGCCAAGUGCACCACCGGGAACUCUCCUGCUGCUGCAUUUGAAAAGCUCCUCACUCUUCCCCGUGGUGGACUCAGCACUGACAGCAAGCCGGUAGGAAUGACGCGGUGCAAAAAAUCAUAUGCAAGUCCGAUGUGA